AUGCCUCAGCUGACGCUGGUUGGUAGCGUACUGCUUCGGGUAAUGGCGCUCGGCAAGCCUAGCAUCGUUCGCCUAACGGACGUCUACUACGCACCAAUGCUAGCUCGCAACAUAUUUUCGUACGGCAAGCUAGAACUCAAAGGAUACGGACUCGACUAUACAAACGAUCGGCGAGCAAUCAGACCGCUCAGCACCGGUGACGUCGUCUUUGAUGUGGCAAUGCAAAGCAACGUGCUUGUUGUAGAAGUGCAAGCCAAACACGAAAGCAUCAGCAAGGCUGGCUCCAUCGUGGCAUCGAUCAUUAAGGUGAUGGAGCGCGGAGAAGACGUGCAGCGUGCAACAGUCAUGCAUUCUCAUCAGCGCUUGGGAUCCCUUUCGUACAACACAAUCAAGAGGAUGGCGCUCGAGCCCGGCUCUGGAAUUCAGCUCACGGGUUGUCGACGCAUGGUGUGCGUCAUGCGCGCCAAGAGUAAGCAAACCAAGAACGCGCAGUCAAACAAAUUAACACGGGCGCGCACUUCCCGAUCGAUCGCAUCAGAUGUUGAUUUGCUAGGAUAUUAA